CUGUAGGUGGGUAAAGCUAAUGCUGGUGAAGAAAUAUCUUACGCUUACGCUGUAAGGAGGAAGUACAAAGCUUGUGGUGUGAUAUAUCUAAGCCGGCUCUGUGAGGGUGUGUGAGUGUGUCCUCAUGGUUCUGCUAGUCCAAAGAAGGACAUGACGCAAAACAGAUCUGCUAACAGUCAGCAGCUGAAGAUUGUGAUCGUAGGGGAUGGAGGCUGUGGAAAAACAUCUCUGCUGAUGGUGUAUGCUAAAGGAGAUUUCCCUGAGACUUAUGCUCCAUCAGUGUUUGAAAAGUACAUGACAACAGUGAAACAUGGUGGGAAAGAGAUUCAGCUGAACCUGUAUGACACAGCAGGUCAGGAUGAUUACGACCGGUUGAGGCCACUCUCCUAUCAGGAUGCAAAUCUCAUCCUGGUGUGUUACGAUGUCACAAACCCGACCAGCUAUGACAAUGUGUUAAUUAAGUGGUAUCCAGAGGUGAAUCAUUUCUGCCGUGAUGUGCCUGUGAUUCUGAUUGGCUGUAAGACAGAUUUAAGAAAGGACAAAGAGAAGAUGAGGAAACUGAGAGCACUUGACCUCGAACCAAUCACAUACAUUCAGGGAGAGGAGACCCAGAGGAAGAUGAGUGCUACACUCUACCUAGAAUGUUCAGCUAAACACCGUGAUAAUGUAGAGGAUGUUUUUAAAGAAGCCACUAAGCUGGCAUUGGAUCACAGUCGCAAAUCACGGCACGUCCGAAAGAAGCGAAGGAAAAAAUGUCAUAUAAUGUAACAUCAACUGAUGAAGAACAUUGUUCUUUAGCUUGUGUAGCUUUUUUUUUAUUUCAAUGACUGUAUAAAGACACAGGGAAUUGUAAUACAGUCCUAUAAGUGUUUAAUAGAAUGGAGAAGGCAAGAAGAUAUGCUGCUAUUGGCACAUUAGCAUGUUAAUGCAAAUUAAUCCAGGUGUCCUGUACACGCUAGUGAAUGUUAAUUAGUGCAUAUUGUACCAGUUCAACAUUUCACACAUUACUGUGAAAUCAGUGCUGUUACGUCACACAACUGAAAUACACCAUGUCUGGUGUUUUAUAUCUCACAACAUUCUCAGGAGAUAAUGCUCAUUCUGUGGGGCUUUAAAUGUCCAGGUGUGUUGAUAACUUCAUUGCUGUCAGUGCUAACAGUGAGGCAUGAGCAUGGCUGUUCACCAAUACAAAGAAACCAUCAGCCAAUUCUCUUUGGACCGAACAAAUCUGGUCAACUGAUUGACUGAGCAGCCAUGUGGAAGUGGAUGAGGGAACACAGUACAGGUGAAGCAGGUUCAUAUAGUGUUGUCUAAUUCUGGCCCAGGUGGCGCAGUGUUGAGUCACUCACUGCAGGGACAUUUAACACUGCCACUGUACUGCACUGGCUGACAUAUUUGUAGGAAUAUAUAGAACCACAGCACCCCCUAUUGGGUCAUUUCUGGGUCUGACCAAUCAGAAACCCAAAUUUCAUCACGUGAUUUCAUCUCCACCACUCAAACGCCUUCCUUGACUGAAGCCCCACCCAAAAUAAUGAUCAGUUACAAACUGAAAAACUUUGCAAUAUUUGGUCAUAGAUUUUUUUCAUGGGAAUCAUAAGUGUAAUUAUUAAUGAUAUUUUUUGGAAACCUUGCUAUUUUGUUCUUCAUAAAGCUGUCUGUUUUAUUAACAUGUAUUAUAUAAUAUGUUUUCACCUUUAAUUCAUGAUGAUGCUGCAUUUAGAAUAUAUUAAAAUCUAUUUUUAAAAUUUA